UCGGAGCCGGGGCCAGGCGCGAAGGGAGGGAGCGGGCCCGAGACUGCAUCAUUCCGCACCGGCUGCAGCACAGCCAGAGGGAGCAGGUGGAGCGAGCGAGCGAGACGCGAGCCGGAGCGCGCCAGGCCCCGGGGAGACUGCAGUGACGCUGCCCGGGAGACAUGGCGGCCGGGCGCCUCUGAAUAAGCAGAAUCCGGAGCCCCUCGUCGUCCCCGGCCGCCGCAGCCCAGGCCAUGCCGCACGGCUGCUGACCGCACGCAGGGGCCGGCCCAGAGGAUACUUGCGGCAGCUGCUGCCGCCUCGCCCCUCAUCCUCUCCCUGCGUUCUCCAUGUUGCAUUUCUCCUCAGUUUCUCCGGCAGUGUAGCCGCUGCCGCCGGAGCAGCAGUCAGGACAUCGCUCUGCCCAUUCAUCCAGCCACACUUUUCUUUCCCAUUUUUACCCUUCCCUCCCCAGCUCCUUCACCCUUCCCCCGCCUGCUUUGCAUCCAUCUCCCCACCCCGACAGCCCCUCCUGCCUCCGUCCACCGGGGCUAUGGCCGCAGAAGAGGUUUUGCAGACUGUGGACCAUUAUAAGACUGAGAUAGAGAGGCUGACCAAGGAGCUCACAGAGACGACCCACGAGAAGAUCCAGGCUGCCGAGUACGGGCUGGUGGUACUGGAAGAGAAGCUGACCCUCAAACAGCAGUAUGACGAGCUGGAGGCUGAGUACGACAGCCUCAAACAGGAGCUGGAGCAGCUGAAAGAGGCCUUUGGGCAGUCCUUCUCCAUCCACCGGAAGGUUGCUGAGGAUGGAGAGACUCGGGAGGAAACGCUUCUGCAGGAGUCUGCCUCCAAGGAAGCUUACUACCUGGGGAAGAUCUUGGAGAUGCAGAAUGACCUGAAACAGAGCCGGGCCGUGGUCACCAACGUUCAGGCAGAAAAUGAGAGGCUCACAGCCGUCGUGCAGGAUCUGAAGGAGAACAAUGAGAUGGUGGAGCUACAGAGAAUACGGAUGAAGGAUGAAAUCCGAGAAUACAAAUUCCGAGAGGCCCGCCUCCUUCAGGACUACACUGAGCUAGAAGAAGAAAAUAUCACAUUGCAGAAACUCGUGUCCACAUUAAAGCAGAAUCAGGUUGAAUAUGAAGGCUUAAAGCAUGAGAUUAAGCGAUUUGAGGAGGAAACUGUGCUGCUAAACAGCCAGCUGGAAGAUGCCAUUCGUCUGAAAGAGAUCGCAGAGCACCAGCUGGAAGAAGCCCUUGAGACCUUAAAAAAUGAGAGGGAGCAAAAGAACGUCCUGCGGAAGGAGCUCUCCCAGUACAUCACCCUCAACGAUAACCACAUCAGCAUCUCUGUUGACGGACUCAAGUUUACGGAGGACGCGAGUGAACCUAACAAUGACGACAAAAUGAACGGGCAUAUCCACGGGCCCCUUGUGAAACUGAAUGGAGACUAUCGGACUCCCACGUUAAGGAAAGGAGAGUCUCUACACCCUGUUUCUGACUUAUUCAGUGAGCUGAACAUUUCAGAAAUACAGAAGUUGAAGCAGCAACUUAUGCAGGUAGAGCGGGAAAAGGCCAUUCUUCUGGCCAAUCUCCAAGAGUCACAAACGCAGCUGGAACACACCAAGGGGGCGCUGACGGAGCAGCAUGAACGGGUGCACCGGCUCACAGAACAUGUCAAUGCCAUGAGAGGCCUACAGAGCAGCAAAGAACUCAAGGCUGAGCUGGAUGGGGAGAAGGGUCGGGACUCAGGGGAGGAGGCCCAUGAUUACGAAGUGGACAUCAAUGGCUUAGAGAUCCUUGAAUGCAAAUAUAGGGUGGCAGUAACUGAAGUGAUUGAUUUGAAAGCUGAAAUUAAGGCCUUAAAGGAGAAAUAUAAUAAAUCUGUAGAAAACUAUACUGAAGAGAAAGCCAAGUAUGAGAGUAAGAUCCAAAUGUAUGAUGAGCAGGUUACAAGUCUUGAGAAGACCACCAAGGAGAGUGGAGAGAAGAUGGCCCAUAUGGAGAAGGAAUUGCAAAAGAUGACCAGCAUAGCCAACGAAAAUCACAAUACCCUGAAUACAGCCCAGGAUGAGUUGGUGACAUUUAGUGAGGAGCUAGCCCAGCUUUACCACCAUGUGUGUCUGUGUAAUAAUGAAACCCCCAACAGAGUCAUGCUGGACUAUUACAGGCAAAGCAGAGUCACCCGUAGUGGCAGCCUGAAAGGGCCGGAUGAUCCCAGGGGACUUUUGUCUCCACGAUUAGCCAGGAGAGGUGUGUCAUCCCCAGUAGAAACAAGGACCUCAUCUGAACCAGUUUCAAAAGAAAACACAGAGCCCAGCAAAGAACCAAGUCCAACCAAGACCCCCACAAUCUCUCCUGUUAUUACUGCCCCGCCGUCAUCUCCAGUAUUAGAUACAAGUGACAUCCGCAAAGAGCCAAUGAAUAUCUACAACCUUAAUGCCAUAAUCCGGGACCAAAUCAAGCAUCUGCAGAAAGCUGUGGACCGGUCCUUGCAACUGUCUCGUCAAAGAGCAGCGGCUCGGGAGCUGGCCCCCAUGAUCGAUAAAGACAAGGAAGCCUUAAUGGAAGAGAUCCUCAAGCUCAAGUCCCUGCUGAGCACGAAACGGGAACAGAUCGCCACACUGAGGGCAGUGCUGAAAGCCAACAAACAGACAGCUGAGGUGGCACUUGCCAAUCUCAAGAACAAAUAUGAAAAUGAAAAAGCAAUGGUGACAGAGACUAUGACGAAGCUUAGGAACGAACUGAAGGCUUUGAAAGAAGAUGCAGCGACUUUCUCAUCCUUGAGAGCAAUGUUUGCAACAAGGUGUGAUGAGUAUGUCACACAGUUGGAUGAGAUGCAGAGACAGUUAGCAGCCGCAGAGGACGAGAAGAAGACUCUAAACACUUUGUUACGAAUGGCUAUCCAGCAAAAACUCGCCCUGACCCAGCGGCUGGAGGACUUAGAGUUUGACCACGAGCAGUCCCGACGCAGCAAAGGCAAACUUGGAAAGAGCAAGAUCGGCAGCCCUAAAGUAAGUGGGGAGGCAUCAGUCACCGUGCCCACCAUAGACACUUACCUCCUGCAUAGUCAGGGCCCACAGACACCCAACAUUCGGGGCAGCAGUGGCACUCAGAGGAAAAGACAAUUUUCACCUUCCCUUUGUGAUCAGAGCCGUCCCAGGACUUCAGGGGCUACCUACCUACAGAAUUUAUUAAGAGUUCCCCCUGAUCCCACCUCCACAGAAUCAUUUCUUCUGAAGGGCCCCCCUUCCAUGAAUGAAUUCAUCCAAGGGCACCGGCUCAGCAAGGAAAAAAGGUUAACCGUGGCUCCACCAGUUUCUUGUAGAUUGUCAGCAGCCUGCUGCCUCCGUACCGCCACAGUGCUCACAACUAGCCGGGAGGCAAGACUGCCCAACUGUCAGUCCUGACCUAGCUCUCCCUGAGGAGCGGCCACAUCCCAGCCCCCACUGCGCCCCUCUCCACUGUCUCUCCAAGCCUCCUUACCCCUAGUCUGCAUCUCCCGUGGACGGAUAUCUAAGGCGAACGCUUUGUAGCCACACACAGGAUACUGCCCAAGAUCCAGCGGGUGUUUUCUCCUCCAUUGUGAGUUGUAGGAUUGGAUUCGUGUUCACCGUUUUGGAAGAUGAGAGAAAGUUAAGAAGAGUAACACAAAGCACAGACUCCAGUGUGAUGAAAAGUUUUAUGGUUUCUCUAAGUCACAGAUUAACUUCUGCAAUCAAAUGGCUGUGAUUGAGUUCAAUGAAAACAAAAAAUAAAAGGAAACAGAAACUAUGUAUCUCAGAUGGCUGGCUUUACCUCGAUAGCAUAAGAAAGACCUAAGACAAUGUAAAAUACAUAUAUUGUAAAAUCAUCUUUCCUUGUACUUCAAAUUCAGCUAUAGGAGUUGAUUCUGAUAUUUUUUUCAUUGAUAUUUAUUUUGUAUUUUAUUUGCCACAUGAUUUAUGUCUAUAAAAAUCAUUUCUGUGAGAGGUGAACUUAAUUCCUUUAUUUUUAAAUAUGCAUAAGUUGCUCAAUUAAAUAUGAGUUUUAAUUUAGUUCAAAAUCUGGAAUUGGCCAGACUGUGGUCAUAUUUCUUGCACAAAAUAAUAAAUGAGGUGCAUCGGAAUGUUAACAAUAACUGUAUUUUGCUGCUACACUGAUAUUGUUUAUGCACUUAUUUUCUGAUCAGUAGUUUAUUAACUGUGGGUUGUUUUUUCUUUUUUUAACUAGAAUUCUUCACUUGACAUCAUUAAGUAAAUCUAGGAAAGACUAUGUUAUGAUUCAUUGACUUAUUCAACUUUUGACAGCAUCUUUAAUUUUUUUAAAUUGCAGACACGUAGAUGCACUGGUGCUGCUCCUUCGUGUGUGUGUGUGUGAUAACGUUAAGAAAGCUAAAUAACGUGAAGGGAAACAAAAAGCUGUGUUUAUUUAAUGACCAGAAUUUUUUUUUUUACUUUCCCAAAUUCAGGGUCCUACUAUGAGUCUUUCCUGCAAAUAGGUAUCAAAUGGGAAAAUAUAUACAUAGAUAGAUGUAAUGUUAGCCUUUGGUUAAUUAGUUUACCCAGAAAGUGUUCAAAUUUUUAUUAAAAUUGUAUGUUUUGUUGUUGUUAGGUUUUUUUCAUAAUGAAUCUUCCUUGCCAAAAAACAAUAAUAAACCUUAGCUCAUUGUCUACUUUUGACAAACACUCAGGUGCCUACAAUCAUUAUAUUAUAUUGAGAUAGUACAUGUUCUUAGUUCAUUUAUAGAUUCUGCUGGGUAACUUUUAUGACUUGAUUUAAGGUAGUGGAUUUUCAUAGCAAAAUUUCCUUUGCACAUAAUCUGACAAACAAGGAAAACAGCUAAUUGAGCUGAAAGGUCUAACACUCCUGGGCUCCUUAACUAUCAAGUGCUGCCCACACAAUUGCUCCUAGCCCUGAUUCCUUGUCUAGUCAGGUAGCCUUAACUUAGUUAAAACCAUAACGGUUUGACCUUUUCAUGUAACUCUAUCUGUAACUUCUCUUCAAAACAAAAACAAUCCUCACUGUUAACACAAAAGAUAGUUAACAAUGCAGGGCUCUAACAGUGGAGAUCUUGUAGGGGAGAUCUCAGCUUACUGAGUGGGAGUGGGUGGUACAUUAAUGGAUGGUCCAUCCAAGAUGGCAGCCAACCUGUAAAUCAUAAAGCACAGUGCAGGAGCUUCCGUCAGUCGUACACCUAUUAAGUAGUGGUCACACUAUUACCAAAGCAACCAAGAGGUUUUGAGUUCCUUAUAUGAGUGCUAUUUUCAACAGUGUCAUUUAUUAUGCAACUUGGAGUAACUGGAAAUCUUCACCAAAAUAGAGAUUCAGGUUAAAGUACAAAAAGAAGAAACAAAACAAAUCUUCACAAAGUCUAGAUCAUGGCAACCUAACGUUCUGCUCUUUCCUCCCUGCAUUGCCUCACUGAUACUAAACAUUUGCUUCAUUUUAUUGGUGUUGUAUCUGCCUGGUACCAGUAUUAGUGGGUUUUGUUGGAGUUCAAUUAAAAAAAACUACCCCAUUCCCCAUUCCUGCUUUUUCUUUUCUUGUUUUUCAUUUUACUUGUUUUUCAAGCAUCAUGUUUUCAGACCUGAGAAGUGGCAUAGCUGUUAAGUUGACUUUUAAUAAAAACUGUGCCUGAGGGAAACUAUGCCUUUUCAAAAAGUACCUCAGAACAUCUUCCUAUGUUGCCUCGUUGGUUUUAUUGGUGGUACAGGGAAUUGAGUAGUAAGUACUAUUUGUGUGUAACUACACACAGUACUGUCGCACAGUACUGUCUGUGGGCCUACUGACAAUACAGUCUUGCUUUCAUGCUCCCUGACUCUCUAUUUACGACCCGGUGAAAAGCCACGUGAUAGGCAAAACAUUUAUUUCUUUCCAUACAAAGUUUACCAUCAAGUGUAUUAUCUGCUGGUUUUAUCUAAGUUCUUUAUCUUAAUAGAGUGGGAAAUGCUUGAUUUGAAAUAUUAAUUCUAUAAACACGUUAAUUUUAGCGAAAUUUUGCCAAGAAGAUAUAGAAACUUGGAAAUAAAUUUCUCAUUUUCAGCACAAAAUUAGAUAAUAGUCCCUAAGCAGUAGGAGAUAAUCCUAUGUAUUUACACUGUGGCAUCAUUUAGUAUAGUUUAAACUGAGCCAUAUCUGUAUUUAUUUAGAGGCAUUUAAAAGAAUAAAUAUGUGUAGCAUUGGUUAAAAUUAGUACCUGUAAAAAAAAAAUCAGGAUUUAAAAGGAAAUUGAAAAAUUGAAGAAUCAGUAAAAAUCAAAAAGAAUGAACCUCUGUAAGACUAAUUGAAGACAGAAUUGGGGAAUAAAAACCAACUGCAGAAAUGCAAUAAAAAUAUUGGCUAAUUAUUGGGAACACAGUGGGCAAAAAUUAAAGGUAACCGGCAAGUGUGGUUAGCAAAGUAAUUGGGUAGUUUUUUAAAAGUAAGCACAAUUACCAUCCAAAAAAGAAGUCAUUAUGCAGAAAUGCUUUCCUAACUGAGGAUUCCUCUUAGCUAAAAACUUAAAUUUAAGGGAGCAAUAAAUUGCCUUUGGCCUGAGCGCACAGGGGUAUACAAGACCUUGGAUUAUUCUUCCCAAUCAACUUCUGAUUCAUCAGAUCCCUUUCAUACAUCCAAUUCUUCUUCAAUAAGAGGAAGUUGGAAAACUUUGAGGAAAUAGAAAGCUAUUACAUAAUUAAGAAAAGACCCAUUUAGAAAGAUGGUAGUUUUACUUAGCCUAAGGAAGAAGCGGUACAAUAGUGACUACAAGGAAAGAAAAUGCAACAAACAAGAGGUACCAGAUAUCAUUAUUAAGACUGGAAUAAGAAGAACCAAGUCUUUAGCGUGAAGGAUUUAUAUUACCUCUAUGAAAGAGAUUUUUAACUGUGGAAAAUGAAUCACUGAAAUUGGUAAUCAUGAGGAAUAUUGGUUUUUCAAAAGUUAAAUAUUAUUGGUUAUCUAAUAAGGGUUGAGUUAGGUGGCAAGGUAUCUGACAAUAAUGUAUUUAGUUCUGGGAUUCCAUAAUCUUGUGCUUCUUUUGAGCUUAAUACCUUAAAGUUAUGCUGGUUAGUCAUAAGGUAUUUUAUCCCUUGAAAAUAGGAUGGCAAUCUUAAUUUUUCCAAGAUAUCUGAUUUAAAAAAAAAAGAAAAUCGUCGGUGUUAUUUUUUCUUCCAGCUAUAUUUCAUAAUAUCUUUAGUAAUUUUACUAUAAAAAGCCUCAAUUGUCAGAGUCUAAAAAAACAAAUGUCCUCAGGAAUACUUUGGAAAUAGAAGGUAUGCAAUCCCUUAAGGGGGCAAAUGCCUCUCAAAUUUUAUCUUUUCUUAAAAGGGUCUUCAAUCUCACUAUUUCCUCUUUCUAAUGCUUUGGAAAAUAUUCCUGUACACAUAGUCCUUCUGUUUCAAACAACCAUGAAACGUUGGUCAAAUAAACCAACUAUGAAUGUGGACAUUAUUAAAUAAAAUCCUCUACAAUUCUCAAGUAGAAAUUACAAAAUAUGAAAAAGAAGAAAUGAAAUAUAUUUUCUACUAGGAUAAGAAUGGCAAAUUUAAUGUGUACUUGCUAUAAUCAAUCAGCCAAAAGACAUAAUCUGUCUUUCAGAAAGACACAUCAAGGGAAACUAAUCGAUUUCCAGUAAGGAACUGUGCUAAUUCAGCCCAAGGAGGCCAAACAAAUUGAUAUUGUAGAUAUAAAGUAGGACUAGAUUCAAAAGGAACUCUUAGGAUAAAGUUCACAAUUAAAAAAACAAAAUUUGUCUUCCAGGUUUUUUGUUUGUUUAUAAACCAGAAUGAUUUAAAAUAAUCCUUGUAUGUAAGAUUGCAAAAAAUUUGGAAGAAUAUGUUUUCAAAUAAAGGGGACAUAAUUCUUCAAAAAGUUGUUGAACUGGAGUUGUGACAGAUGGCAUGAUCAGUGCUGAUAUCGACAAGCGAUUUUUACCUUGAAAUCCAUUUCUAUGGACAUAUAAGACCAACCUAGCUCCCGAGUGACCUUUUCCACUAUCUGUAAUUAUGCCCCCAGAUGAGUUGCGUCUGUAAGUAAGUUCAUCUUUAUUUAAAUGCCAAGUUAACCGCCAUCGUUCCAGAUGCGUUGCAUUUGUAGCCUGAUGCAAUUACGUUGACAUCUGAAAGAUUUUUUCAAGGCCUGUCUUUCAUCCUUCUUAAAGUAUAACUGAAAAAGAAAAUAUUUAGUAUUAAGAUAUGUUCCCCAAUUGAGGAUUUUCCGGAAAUACUAUUCUACUUAAGAAGAAGAGUAGUAAUUAACUGCCUUUACUGUAAGGGUGUGAGUACAUAAAAGUAUGCGUGUAAAAUGUUUGCAUGAGAAAUUUCACAUCAUGUAUGCUUUCCCAUAUUCAUAAUACGAACACUAUACAAGUCUUAUUUCUCUUGUGAUCUUCUCUUCAUUAGGAAUGUAAGGAGGUUAUUACCUAUAUCCGGUCUCCUUUCCAUACUGAAAUGCAUGGCUCUAAUCCUCAAUGUACUUUUAUCCCUUUCCUCCGGAGUUAUUUAAAAUUUGUCCUAUUUAAACUGACGCCUGGAUAAACUACCGAGCCAGAUUAUUUCUGUGAUUGGAGUUUAAGUGCUGUAGAACAUUGGCUGAGAACACAUUUUUAUUUGAACUUUUCUUUCUUUCAGAAUUAUUCUCUGAUCGUUAUGGUUCUCUUAUAAAAACACUGAGGAGUAAAUUGGAUGCUUUUAAGUGUGGCUGUAUGUUUUUCUUUCUAAAAAGUCAUUUAAAAGCAAAGAUCAGAGAACUAUAUAAAGAGAAAGGUCAUCUUUUUGUUGACAAACCAUUUAUCAAUACUAUUGAAAAUCCAGAAUGAAUCUUUUUGUUGUUUAGGUUUAUAGAUAUGAUUAUGCACCAAAUCUUAAAGGAAAGAAAUGAUUUUACCAUUAUUGCCACAAAAUUUUUGAGCUCCAUGGUUUGACUGUUAGAGUCAAUUAAACAAUUCUUUGAAAAUCUUUUAUGGUAUUUUUGUAAUCUCAGUGUUUUUAUUUGCAUGAUUACACAUAUAUGAUGAACCAUACAUGAUUCUGAACUGUAUUUCUUUCCAGUAUUAACAUUUGUGUAAUGUGUGGCCACCCUGAUUUGUACACUAUAUAAUUGUUGUUGUAAUGAUUCUGCUAUUCCUACAUUUAAUUGCAAUUUUGUUAUUAUGCCUUUGGGGAUUAAAUGAUGUGAAGUGUUUCCACCUAAUGAUAAUACCAUAUGAAAACAUGACUAAAAGACUGACCUAAGAAACUCUUUUGUUGCUAAUCAUUUUUUAAAAUCCAAAUUUCAAAGGAAACUUGUUCUCCAAGACAUAUGCAUUUAUUUUAAAUCCGAAAAAAUUCUUAGGAAUUUAUUACUUCUUGUCCUUUUAAAUUUUUUUAUUGUAGACAAUCCUAAGUGAAUGUCCCAUGGGAGAAUCCAUUUAUGAUAUCUGCUAGUAUUUGUGUAAACUGAUCAUGCACUCAAUGGUUGGAAAAGGCGCUCCAAUGCUAAGAAAAUAACCAAAAGUGGAUAUAUUAAUUCUUAUAUCUUGGUUUAUGUUACCAACUGAAUAUGGUGUAAUGCAUAACUCUUUCCAGUAAAUAAACUGGUUAUCUUUUGUUCAUUUCA